GGCGGCGCGCUCGGAGCGGCGGGCGACGGGCAGCGCGGCGACGGGGAGAGGGUCCGCGUGCAAACGCUCCCCGGAGGCCAGCGGACGGUGACACCGUGGUCGCCGGAGCCCAGCUGGGCCGAGACCCCGCCCACCACUCCCCACCCCUGCAGGACGCGCCACUCCAGCCCGCUCCAGCCCUUCCUGGGAGGGGAGGCGGGAAAAAAGGGAAAGCCUCGCCCAUCGCCCUGCCCCCAGCCCCGCCACUCCCAGGCUCCUCCGGACUCGGCACGUCCUCCUGGGAUUGUCUCCGGAGGGGACCGCGUUGUGCAGACGCCAUGGAGGUGUUGCUGAUGUUCCUGUGCAGCCUGCUGGCCCCUGCGGUCCUGGCCAGUGCAGCUGAGCAGGAGAAAGAAAAGGACCCUUUUCAUUAUGAUUACCAGACCCUGCGGAUCGGGGGAUUGGUGUUUGCUGUGGUUCUCUUCUCCGUGGGGAUCCUGCUUAUCCUGAGUCGCAGAUGCAAAUGCAGUUUCAAUCAGAAGCCACGGGCCCCGGGCGACGAGGAGGCCCAGGUGGAGAACCUUGUCACUGCAAAUGCAACGGAGCCCCAAAAAGCAGAGAACUGAAGCGCAGCCCUCAGGCGAAAAGAACCUGAAGGCAGCUGCUCCAACCUUUAGAUGCACAUGCUGAUGCUUAAGAAAACCGACCACUUCAGCAACCAAUCUUUCCCCAGGAGAAGCCAAGAACUUGUGUGUCCCCCGGCUCUUUCUCCAGCUCCUCAAGCACCUGUUCCCAACUUAAUGAUGCAACCCUGCCUCCCCCACCUGCAGCCUGUGGUCUUGUCCAUCUCCUGUGACAUGUGUGUGUCUGUGUGUCCGAUGACUGUGAUCUUCGUGGCUGCUUAUUUGUGAAUGAUGUUGAGUUUAGUGCACCUGGCCUCUCUUUCCUGGGCAGGAGCUGGGCCGUGUGGCCGUCAGCACCUCCCUGCUCUCUGUGGCCCCAUCACCUCCCAGUCCUCGGAGUCUGCUUUUCACCUGAGAGACCUGUUCCCUCUCUGGAUGGAGGGGUGGGUGUAAGAGUCGGGCAAGGGUGGGAGUCUCCAGUAGCCUUGGGCCUUGGGAAGGUUUGCAUCACCUUCAGGGUCCUUCUGCAUGGCCCCUCUUCACUCCUCUUAUAAGACCCUUGCUUCCGUAUUCCUCCCUGGACCAAGUCUGCUCUGAGGUCUCCUGGCAGUGGGAGGUUCCCAGCAAGGAGCUGGUGAGACCACUUUGCCCUCAGGCAGCCCCUUUCCCUGAUCUCCAUCUGCCCUAUCCUUCCCGUCCCCUGCCCUGGGGACAUGCCCCUUGCAUAUCUUAUCAGCAAUAACCCCAUGGCUAUGGAACCCUCCCCUCUCUCCAGCCUUCUCUGCUCCCAAGACUCCCGUCUGCAGCUCAUCUGCAGCCCAGCUCCCCUGGACUCAGACUCCUGUCCCUGACUCGGGUCUCUGGCAGGCGAGAGUGGAAGGGAUGCAUUCCGCUGGGGCCAGUGCUCUGGGGAGGGACAGCAGGGAGAGGAUCCUUUGCCUCUCUGUCCAUGCCCUGUUGGCUGGGCAGCAGUGUGGCUCCUGUGCCCUUGGCUUUGCCCAUCACUGGCCAGACAGCAGAUGCAGCGGCUAUGCUGCAGGUUAGAGCCCAGGCAGGGCUCCUCGCAAGCCCUGCUGCAGAGGGAUCAACAUGAAGAAAGUGGAAAAUCGGACCCCCUCCCCAACCCAUCGUGUGCUUGUGGAAAGUGACCAAACUGUGCUGCUGUGACCAGGACUGCUGUUCUCCACGUCGUGAUCUCUCAACAACAAGAGGAAUAAAAUACCAUUUGUUUCCUA